GUACAUCAUCUCCCCACCCAUUCCCCCUCAACAUGCCCCCGCCCCCUUGACAAUAUCUAGCAGAUCCAACUAUUUAUAUCGAUGUUAUCCCUCACUCCAGCUCUACACGAUUGCUGUGGCCGCAAAGAAAGAUGAAGAACGUCGAGUUCUUGUUCACUGCUAGAGAAGAUUCGAAGGAGACGGCGACGACGCAGAUCGGCGGCGAGAACAGCCCCCGUCGCCACAUCCCUAUGUGUGCACGCCCGGCGAGCGAAACCAUGGCGUCUGUCGGCAAGUCGCGCGAGGAGUCUCCUCCUCCGUCUCCAAGGUUGUCGUCGUUCAAGCAUUAUGCUGAUAUAGGCGAGGCCAAAGCCGGCUUGGGACAGCCUCGAGAGGACAAUACCUGUAGCGGGCGAGAGAGGCUGAAGAGGCACCGGGACGAGGUCGCGGGUCGGGUCCUGAUUCCCGACUCAUGGGGCCAGGAGAGCUUCCUGAAAGACUGGAUGGACUACUCGGCGUUCGACGCGCUGCUGGCGCCGAAGGGGAUCGCCUCGGCCCGCGAGGCGCUGAUGGCCGAGGGGCCGCGGCAGCGAGCGACGACUUCUCAUCAGAGGCUGAGAAUAGAGGGCAGGUGUUGAUGAUGACGAGAGAGACCUUGUUGUCCAUAGCUUCUUCGAUCGCAUGGAUCUCGAUCGAAUCAUGCCGGCGUUAAACUCUAGUGAACUACAGAUUUGUUUCUUAUUUUCUUUCUAUUGUAACAAACGCUGUGAUUGCUGGCGAUAUAAUAAUUUCUUGGAGAACUUAAGGACAUGAGAUGAUGGCAAUUUCUGGGAUUUUCUUAUCGUUUGGAAAUGAAAAAAUUUGUAAGAUUCGGAACGUAAUCUUUCCAUCCAUCUUUGUC